AAUGUGAGUCACCAGUCGAGUGUCAGCCGUGGUCGAGGAACAUGCUAUACUCGAGGUCCCUGAUCUGAUGAAAGAGUGCACUCGGUGCGUGAGGCGCGUGUGGUAAAUAGAUGCUGAAAGAUCUCGAAGACAUCAUCGAACGAUAACAUCACAGACGAUAAAUAGAUACGCAGAGAUGGCAACUGCGAUCAUAACCAAGCAGUUCUUGAGGACAGUUGGCGCGCAUCAGCACGUCCUUCUGAAGACGACCACCACUUCUUCCAGUCAGCUGCUUGUACUGAAGCACAACUACUGCAUGUCGAAGAGACAGUUCGGAGUUGGGACUGGGUUGGAGGGAGCUGCAGCAAGGGCAGAGACCACGAGCACCACGCAGGGACUCUCGAAGCUGCAGGCCCAGGAGCUCGUCCUCAGGUUGACCACGGAGGAAAGGGUCUUCUUGAUCUCAGCUCUUCAGGAGUAUCAAUCCAAAUCAAUCAAAGACGAGUAUGAGGGUCAACUGGCCGCGUCUCGAUGGAGAAGUAAAUUCGGUAGGCCCAGUAAGUUGCCCAGAUUGGGCGACGUCGAUCCCACGGGAUCUUAUUGUCCCGUCCCAGAGGAUUGGCUCAAACGCAAACACGCCGAAUCGGUGCCGCAUCCAACAAAUAGGCAGCUAAUCGACAUUGCAGUUGCGAAUUCGAUUCCCUUCGUCGGGUUUGGAUUCUUAGAUAAUUUCUUCAUGCUGUUAUUUGGUGAUUAUAUUGACCUAUACCUAGGUUCGUACUUCUGCAUGUCGACGAUGGCAGCCGCCGCCUUGGGGAACACCUUCUCCGACGUCCUCGGUAUAGGCACCGCCUUCUACGUGGAACGUCUUGCGAACAGGAUCGGCUUCAAUCCACCGAAACUGAGUCCCAUGCAGAUGGACAUGCCGAGAUCGAGGAACUUCGCAAACCUUGGCAGGGUUUUAGGAGUGACCGUCGGCUGUCUGCUAGGAAUGUUCCCGUUGCUCUUCCGAAAGAGCAAGGAGGAAGAGGCACAGGCCAAAGCUGAAGUCAUCGCGAUCACAGUUCCACUGAAGGACUAAAUCUUAAAAACCCAUCUGAAUUAUUGUUUAAAUUUCCCGCGCAUUUCGUUUUAACGUCCGAAACAUCCUCUCUGUUCUGUUUGUUGUACACCCAUUUGUAAAUCUAAACUGUAUGGAUGAGACCAAAAAAAAA